AUGGAACCAUUUUAACUCAAAGCAUGUGAUGUUGGAUGCAGUUCCUAAGUGGAUACAAUUUAAACAAUUAGUGUAGUUGGAACAAUGUCCUACUUAGCCCCAGAAUUGUUUUAUGCUGAAAGUAAUAAACUUAAACAUAACCCUUUUAAAAGCGAUGUUUACUCUCUUGGACUUUGCUUUCUCUAUUUAAUUACAUUAUAAUAGUGGAAUUCAAGGCAAAAGGUUAAUUCUUAAGUUGAAGAAGAAAUAAUAAAGGAUUAUUUAAAACAUGUUAAAAGAAUUACUGCUGACAAUAAUCUUAUUAUUGAUAUCCUCAAAAAGAUGUUAUAAAUUAAUCCUAAUAAUCGACCUGAUUUUAUUGAAUUGAAAUAGAUUUUUUAACAAAUGAAAGAGUCUUAAAAUAAACAAAUUUUUUUAUUUAAAGGUACAACCUUAGAAUCUUUUGAAUCCCCUAAAAAAUUUCUUACAUAGCAAGAUUAUCUUUCUCCAGAUAUUAUAAUUCAUAGAAGUAGAAAUACAGGAUCAAACUUUUAUAAAGAGGAAAAGUAAAAAUCAGCUAGAAAUCUGUCUUCAAAUUUAAGUAACACAAAAAAAUAAAAAUCAUAAAGCAAUUUAUUAACAGAAUAAUUCACAAAAACAUAAAUCUCAAAAUCACCUAAAAACUCCUCAGCUAUAAAGGAACCAUAAUUUCUUUACAAACCUCCAACCCCAAAUUUCAAAAUAAAAUCAUAUUAAGCUCCUGCUUCACCAAAUCAUACUCAAACAAAUUUCUAACAAAAAUAAUUCUCUAAGUUCCAUCAAUCUGUAAUUGAGAAUAAAAAAACUAAUACUGAAACCUUUUCUCAAACUUUACCCAUAAUUCAAACAUUUUUAUAACCAGAGUCAAAACCUUUAAAUGAUUUCCUAUUUUGCAGUUAUGAUGAUUUAACCAAUUCAUAUUAAUUUUAAAACUAUAUUUGCCUUUUUUUAAAUGAAAGGUAAUCACUAUAAAAAAAAUGUUAUUUACCCAAUUGUUGUAAAUUAUUAAGUUUAAAACUAAAUAAUUCAACUCCAGAAUUAUAUUUAUCUACAGUAAAUGACGUAUAAAUUUUAAUUCUAGAAUUAAUUGAUGAUUUUAAUCAAAAAGAUCUUAAUUAUAGAUGGUCUGAAAAUCUUGGUUCUAUGAGUUUUUAAGCGAUAACUUCACUUGAGAUUAUUGUUAAUACUCAAUAAACUUAGGCUAAUAAUAUAAUAUAGUUUUUAAAUAAAAUUUAGCACAUUCCUAAAAUUAAAUUAAUAUUUCAAUCAGAAAUAACUGAAUAAGAUCACAGAACUAUAAUGUGGAAAUUAAGUAGAUAUAAUUGUACCUCAUUUGAAUUUAGAAUACCUAAUAUUAAAUUAAAUUUAACUCAAAUAUCUUAAUUAUGGUAAUUUAAUUAAUCUUUGGAUGAACUCUCUCUAGAUUAUGAGGAUUGUGGAAUUCAUUAAAUUUUUUCAUUCCUUGUUACAUCAUUAAGAACAGUUGUUUUUAAAAAGUUUUCUAUCAAUUUAAAUAAAUUGUAAUCCAAAAAUUCUGAAAUAAGUUUAUUUCUUGAAUAUUUAGGAUCCAAAUAGUUACUUAAAGAAUUAUUUUUACAAAUGGAUCAACUCACAAAUUAUGAUAAAAUGGUUUAAGAAAAAUUGAAGACUAAUAUUUUAAAACUUAAAAAUAUAAGAAAAACUAUAAUUAUCCCUUGUUGGAAAUACCUUAAAUUUUGAGUUCUUUGAAAAAUUAUUUAAUAUAUUCGAAUAACUUAAAUAACUUUAAGUUAUAAUCAUUUAAUUUGAUAGAAUUUUUGAAAAAACAAAACUAAAAGAGCUGAAAAAGAUAUUUCAUCAAUUAAAUCGGUUUGCUCUAUAGUUUUAUGGUACAAAUAGAACUUUAACAAUCAUUUUGCAUAAUAAUGAACUACAGAAAUAAUAAGAUUAUGGAACCACAUAAUGUAAUUAAGGCAAAUAAGUUAAAAUAAGUUAGAUGUAUGAAUGUAUAAAAUGUUCUAAAUCUCAUUAAUUCUUUUUAAAACGUUAAUUUCAAAUAUGUAGCACAUGUGUAACAAAUUGCCAUUCUAAAUGUGACAAUAUUAAUGUAAAAAAUACUGAAGCAAUAACACUUUGCUCAGAUUCAUUGACAUAAAGUCUAUUUAAUCAAAAUUUGAUCAAGAAGAAUCACACCUUCAUUGAAUGAAAUGACACAAAAGAUUUCAGAUGUUAUUGUAAUUUAUUAGGCACUUGCACUCAAGCAAUUAGUAACAAAAAUAGAAAUAAAUAUGAAAUACAGUUUAAGUAUACUAUUCUCUCUAUUUUUAGAUGCUAAACUUGUAACAAAAUAAUUUGUCGAAUGUGUUCUUCUGAUUGCCAUUCAACUCAUAAUAAAGAAAUGUAUAUAAAUAAUUUUAGAUGUGAAUGUGAUUGCGAUAAACAUAUAUGA